AUGUUGCGAUUUUUCUCCUCCUCUGUUUCUGGGCAAAGUAAUGGUGUUCAAAAAAAAUUUUCUCCCAAGCUUGUUUUCGUAAAUCUCCAAUAUUUGUUGCUGUGGAUCCUGACGAUGAUUCUAUUUCCUCUGCUUGCCCACGUUCCCUGGUUUGUUUGGGGUAGUCGCACUCUGAAGUUGCCUAAAGUUUCUGUUGUGGGAUCGGAUACUGAGUUUGAGUACUGGUUUAAACAACAUUAUAAGCAUGCCCUUGAUCUAGCUACUGACAAGGUAAAAUAUUUUGAGGCUGCCAGGUUUGUAAGAUGGGUGAUCUUUUUCAAGAUAAGUAUUAUCCCUAAAAAAUCAAUGCGAUUGUCAAAAUUUGUAGAGUAUAUGAAUUUUAGCUGCAUUAUUAAAUUGUAUCAUUGUCCACACUCCAUCAUCUUGCGCGUAUGCGAGCUUCAAGUUCGUUUUUCUUCUCAAGGAUUAGUUCUUCUCCCUGAUGACCAUAAGGUGAAUUUUGAUGGUUGA